GCACAUGCAGAGCGCCUUGGUGACUUUGUUCAAAUAAAGUUAGUUUUCGCUUGAUCGAAUGGUUGUGUUCAUGCCCAGAGACUCGAGAAAAUAGAGCUGGAAGAUAAGCAGGAGUCAAAUUUGAAGGAGCGUCUGCUCACCAGACAUAGCUGGGAGUAGUAAUAGCUGAUCUGUAAGAUCUUGGCUUUCUGAAAAAACAACUGUUACGUGUAGGUGUUGCAGUAGGAUGUAGAGCAUUUUACUUGGUGGACUUGGUGGACACGUUUCCUGCAAGGCAUUUCUAUCGCACUUGUUGGCCAGUGAGGAUGGCGUCUUCUGCAAGCUCACGAAUAACUGCUAGACAUACUCGUGGAGGACGCCCUACACCAGUGACUAGCUCUUUACCUUUUCGCACUCGUCGCUUCGGUUACAAUACAUUUGAUGGAGAUGGCGGUACAGACAGCGACAGUGGUGCUGAUACAGAGAUAGCUGGAGGCAGUUUACCAGUGCUGGCGGUGAGGGCUGAAGGAGGUCGUCUUGUUCCAGAGGAUCCCAACAGGGUAGCUGAUGUGAUCGAGAGAAACCCUCAGACCAGAGGCAGUCAAACUGCUAUCGGCACACAGGACAGCACGGCUGGCUCGGUUGUACCGUCAGAUUCUGAAGACGCACAACAACGACCUGUCAUUGUUACAUCCGAGGAUGGCCCGGUAGAGGCACGCCACAUCUCCAAUAACUAUCUCUUUGGAAUGAAGAAGUGGAAAGGUCGAGUGAUUGAGCGUCCAUUGGAUACACGCUCUGAGGUUGUCAAGGAUCUUUAUCGGAACCCAGAACGACUGCGGACAACAAAUGCAUCGACGCUAAAGAUUGGAAAUAUUGUCUACUUCCUCAUGUUUGGCUGGUGGGCGGCUCUAGUUUAUUUUCUGAUCGCCGGCUUGAUGGCAUUGACUGUUGUGGGCUGGCCUAUGGCAGUUCGGUGUGGUCAACUAGCGCUGUACAUGGCUUGGCCGUUUGGCAAGUUUGUUCACACGACGUCAAGUGCUACCGGCGACAUGGCAGCAUCACCGGUUACAUACUCACCAGCCAAUGUACGCUACACCCGCAGCACUGGUGGAUCAUCAGAUGAAUCUGAUUCGGCUAGUGCCGCCCUGGUCAACGCAACGCCCACACCUGGUCAUCUCACAUCUAGCUGGGUGGAAGUCAAUCAGUCCAGAGGUGGCCUACCGACUACUAUUGAAAAUAGCGAGACUGCCCAGUCGACAUCUCCCCUGGCGUCGGCUCAGCACUCAUCUACAGGGCAGUUUACACGCUACCACCCAUCGUUCGUAAUUUGGUUAGUACUGGGUGCUCCUAUAGCCCUGCCGCUACAUAUCAUCAUUGCUUUCCUGUCCUGGAUGCUCGUUGUGUUCAUACCUGUGGCCAAGAUGAACGUCACGCUCAUGAAGCGUGUUCUGUUCGAGCCGCCUCGCUCCGUCUGCAUCAACGACUCGAGCCUGGCACCGCAGUUCUUUUCGCGCCAGUCGGAAGUGCGCCUAUGCGUGUACGAGGCUGUCAACAUCUACUAUUACAAGUACACAGUGGAUGGUAUGAAUGUGGUGCUUGUUAACCUGCUCCCGUUCGUUGUCCUCUCCUUGCUCAAUGGUUACCUGGACAAGGAGAAUACGUACACAUCCAAUUCUACCAAGUUUGCCACAUCGCUGAUAGCCAUCAUCCCGCUGGCGUACUACAUUGGCCUGGCAAUAACCAGCAUCGCGGCACAGAGCACGUACGCUGUUGGUGCCGUCCUCAACGCCACCUUUGGCUCCAUUGUGGAGUUGACACUGUACGUCAGCAUGCUGCUGAGGGCACACGGUAAAAGCAACAACUCAUCAUGCUACGAAGCCAUUGUCAAGGCUGCCCUUACUGGCACGCUUCUUGCAACCAUGUUGUUUAUCCCUGGCUUAUGCAUGAUUGUGGGUGGUCUGAAACACCGUGAGCAAAGAUUCAACUGGAGAUCUGCCGGUGUUAGUUCUUCGCUGCUGUUCGUGUCUGUAGCUGGUAGCUAUGCGCCGACUCUGUUUGCCAAGGCAUACGGCGGAGAGUACGAAACCAUGACAUGUUCAAACUGCACCACAUCUGUGACCGCUGGCACGAAUAAGUCGUCGACUGGUUUCAACUGUUCAGAGUGCUCAAUGGAUCAGAGUACCGGCUUCAUCGUGAUCGGCCCUCAGGUGCGCAGCCUAUCGUAUGUCUGUGCGGCUCUCUUACCGCUCGCAUACCUGCUCGGCUUGCUCUUCACGCUGAAGACACAUCGCUACAUCUACGAUGAGCCAUCUCAUGACGAUGACGACAAGUUUGCUGUGAAAAAGGGCAGUGCUGGCCACGGUCAUUCGCAUGGCCAUGGUGCCCAGUGGAGUCGCUUGAAAGGUCUUGUUAUCCUUCUUGUAGCCACCGUUCUCAUGUCUUUGCUGGCUGAUCAGGUGACCGAGCAUAUCAAUGCUGUACUAAACAAUUCCGGCAUCUCUGCGGAUUUUAUCGGCGUCACCUUGUUGGCCAUUGUUCCUGACAUUCCGGAGAUCGUUAACGGCGUCCAGUUUGCCAUGCAGAACAACAUCAGUUUGAGUAUUGAAGUUGGUAGCUCUAUAGCUGUACAGGUGUGUCUGCUGCAGAUUCCUAUCUUAGUCUGGGUGGAUGCUAUCUAUGGCAUAGGCUUUCACCUAGUGUUCAACGACACGCAGCUGUGGACAGUGAUCUUUGGCGUGCUCGUCAUGAACUAUAUCUUCAUGGACGGUAAGUCGGACUAUUUCCAGGGCGUCAUCCUUGUGAUUGUGUAUAUCAUUCUCGUCACAAUCUAUUACUUCAUUCCCACGUCUGCUCUGCACACCACUUGUUGAGAAGCGAUGUCAUGCAGAGCCAAUGGUCGCUUUCAACGCCUGUACCUUUCUUGAGGGAUUUUAUCUAUACGAAUAUCAGUUCGAUGGAAAUUUAACACAUGUCUUUGUCUUUUGUAUAAUAAUUUGCCAUCAUAAAAAUGAAAGAGCCCACUCCAUAUUUCAUAAAAAUGAAAGGCAUUCAAACACAUCUAUCAAGUUGAAAAUAUAAAUUAGUUUGAGUUUUGUUGUAGUUUUGUACACUGGUGCAUAGGACUCUCUUUUGUUGAUUUGUUUUACUUUUCUGCUGUUGCGCAGCACACCGUCCGAUAACUUUUAACCAAUUCCUAACUUGAUUCCCCACAGCAUGGUGCUGAUGGCAAUGUCGCUGGAACAGUUUUUUUUCUUAUCAUAAUAAUUAUACCAUACAAUGUAAUUCUAUUCCAUUCCCUCAACCAGUGAAUAUGUAAUUGUAUUGUUUUCAUUAAUUUCUAGUGUAGUAUCUGUACUUCUACUAACGCCCUAUGGUGUGUAAGUAACCUGAGCUCUCCAAAGAGUUCUUCGUCUUUUUUUCAUUCCUCCUCCCUUUUCUUCCCUUAGUUUUGCUAACCUAGCUCUUUUUUGUCCAUUAGAACCUUUCUCAGAUUACAUCAGUUUUAACACUAGAGGGUGAAUCGUACUACGCAAACAUUCCCUA